AUGUUGCCCACAACCGUGUUUGGAGGCGUGGCAUCCAUGCUCUCGGCCACCAGAGCAUCCCCCAUGACCAUAAUAAGAGGGUUCUCCCUGUACGCCAACUUAUGGCAAGAAACGCCCCGCAGAAAGCAAGACAAGUUCUACAAGAUCCUCAAGUACGUCAAGCCCGUGGACACCACCGAAUACAAGGCAGGCCAAGAAAUCACCAAGGGCUUGAGCAUCCCCUCCAAGCAGAAGCAGUAUCCCGACUAUGCAUACGAAACCAUGUUCUUCAAGAGACAGAACCGUGGGUUGUACGGAGGUCUCCAGAGAAAGCGUUCCAAGACCAGCUCGGAGUCCGGAAACAAGAACCUUCGUGUCCACUUGCCAAACAUCCAAAAGGCCAAGUUGUGGUCGGAAACAUUGAACCGUGCCAUCCAGACCAAGGUGCUGACCAAGGUGUUGAAGACCAUCACCAAAGAAGGUGGAUUGGACAACUACUUGACCAAGGACAAGCCAGCCAGAGUCAAGACCAUCGGAUUGAAGGGAUGGAGAUUGCGUUACGAGGUGCUCAAGAAGCGUGAGUUCAAUGAGUUGCCCAAGGUGGAGGAUGCAUCGGGAAACACGCGUCAAGUGUACUACAUCCACUCUGAUGGCAAGCAGAUUACCGUCGGCAAGAACAAGCUCUUGAAGGAGCUCUACCCAUUGGUCGUCAGAGACAGCUACACCCCCGUGUCUGCUAGUGAGUUCAGAAGAAACCACAGCUACUUGACCUCUGGUGAGUUGGUCGACAAGUUGGCCAGCUACAACUACGACUUUUCCGCCAUCACUGUGUGA